GUUUCCUGACGGCAACGUCACCAGUUUGUAGUUUCUUCGCCAUGGGGAAGAUCGGCAAAGAGACGGCAGGUCAGAUCAUCAGCUUCAUUGGGCUGGUGGGGGUGGCGGUGACCACUGGCAUCCCAUUGUGGAGAGUGACAUCCUUCAUCGGCGCCAACAUCGUGACGGGCCAGAUCAUUUGGGACGGCCUGUGGAUGAACUGCGUGAUGCAGAGCACCGGGCAGAUGCAGUGCAGGCUGAACGAAUCGGUAAUGAGACUGACACCAGAUCUGCAGGCCGCCAGAGCCCUGGUCAUCAUCUCCCUUGUCUUUGGCUUCAUCGGCUUCAUGAUCACAUUCAUCGGAGCUAAAUGCACCAGCUGCCUGCAGAAGGAGAGGUCCAAGGCCACAGUGGUGAUCAUAGGCGGUUGCCUCCUCAUCCUCGCCGCAGUCCUGGUCCUGGUUCCUGUCACCUGGUCAGCCACCAUCACUAUCACCGACUUCCAAAACCCCUUGACCAUCAACACGCAGAGGAGGGAAAUCGGAGCCGCCAUAUACAUCGGCUGGGGCUCUACUGCAAUCCUCCUGAUCGGCGGAAUCAUCCUCACCACCUCCUGCCCUCCUAAGCAACCCAUUUAUGGAUACCCUGGUUACCAACCAGCGCCCAUCUACCCUUACUCAAACGGGUCCACAUAUGCCCCUGUGUAUGCUCCGACCUCCAGUCAACCAUACACGGGAAGUGGCUCGUACGCGCCGACAAAGCCAUACAGGGCACCAACAACAUACCCAGCUCGACAUGUGUCAGGACGACUGUUCUUCUCGUCGAAACUCUUCGUGGUCCUGGUGAAGAAUCUUGUCAGGCAGGUUGAUCGCACACAAACGUUCCGCAGGCUUCAUUCGACGUUGCAUUCAACUUGCUUCCAAGUGUUCUUCUUCUGCCUUGAAAUCAAACAAGAGGUCAUCAUGGUGUCACUGGGACGACAAAUGCUGGGUUUCAUCUUGGCCGUCAUUGGCUUCCUAGGCACCAUUAUCGUAUGCGCGCUGCCCAUGUGGAAGGUGACGGCCUUCAUCGGCGCCAACAUCGUGACGGCGCAGGUCAUAUGGGAGGGCUUGUGGAUGAACUGUGUGACACAGAGCACAGGUCAGAUGCAGUGUAAGAUCUACGACUCUCUACUGGCUCUGCCUGAGGACCUGCAGGCCGCCAGGGCUCUGGUGGUCGUCGCCAUCAUCGUCGCUGCAGUAGGGAUCCUCCUGGGCAUCGCCGGGGGCAAGUGCACCAACUUUGUGAGGGACACGACCGCCAAAUCCAAAGUGGCCAUCGCCGCCGGGGUCGUCUUCAUCUGCGCCGGUGUUCUGGUCCUCAUCCCCGUUUCCUGGUCGGCCAACACCAUCAUCAGGGAUUUCUACAACCCCAUUCUGACCAACGCUCAAAGGCGGGAGCUGGGUGCCGCCCUCUACAUCGGCUGGGGUACGGCCGCACUCCUGAUCCUGGGAGGGGCCCUCCUCUGCAGCUCUUGCCCACCCAAGGACAGCCCGGAGUACCCUGUCAAGUAUUCUGGCGCCCGAUCCACAACCACCAGUCGAGCCUACGUCUAAUGACUCUCCUGAAAACGACUUUUAAAUAUUGUCUCCAGCAAAUCUCCUCACGUGUGAGCUUCUCAGAACGCAAGUUGUGUCUUAAGGUUUGUUUUUUUAAUGGCGAGAGCCACUUUGGGAGAAAUUUGUCUUUCUGGAGGCGAGAGGACAUGACGCCAAAGUGCGAAACAGAGAUUUUUUUUAAUCUUGUGUGAAAGCAAAAUAUUUGGAGUUGCUUGAAGUACUGUCGGAAACUAUUUGUACAGCCUUAUCUUCUAUUGUGAAUUUAUUUUGUGCAUAAAACGUUUGACAAGCAUCCUCUUUCAUUAGCAUAGUUUUGUUUACCAAUGAUUACAGCUAUUUAAUAAAACAUUUACUUCACUGAUA